AGAGACACCCACGCUGCUGUGCCCGGCAGACCACGAUCAUCGACCGCUUUAACGCCCGCACAGCUGGCGCCCGUCGGCCACCACAGACUCCUUUCUCGUCCCACUCUUCUAGCACCUACCACCACGUAUUCCUCAAAGGAGCCCUGAGGGGCAUAGUGUAUGGAUCGUGAUAGCGAUGGCUCGGCGGCGAAGCCCGGCCCGAUAAGCCCAUACCGAUGGGACAGCAAAAGGAUGAACGAUGGAUUCAACUACUUUCUCCUAAAUAACCGAACCGCAGUGUGCGCUACUGUGGGUUCUCUCGUAUCGACACUCCUCGGUUUCCCGCUCGACUCCCUCAAGUCGCGUCUGCAAGCUGCACGCACGCCUGUAACACCCUUCCUACUCGCUACCAACGUAUUUCGUGAAGAAGGCAUUGGCGGGUUCUUCCGUGGCGUGUGGAUCCCCUUGCUCACCAUCUCCAUCGUCCGCACCGCUAGUUUCACGAUCUACUCCGGUACGAAGGAGUAUGUACACCGAAAGGGGAUACUGGCUGGCAAUUCUCUCAAGGAUGUCGCGUUCACCGGGGCGGUAGCAGGCGCUGCGAGCGGAAGCAGCAUAUGCUUUGGGAGCGCACCGUUUGAGAUCGUGAAAGUUAGGCGACAGCUGGAAUACGCGAUCGCCCAGGCCAGGGGCCUCACCAUUGAUAAACCGCCCGGGACUUGGUCGGCCGUCAUGCAAAUCGUCAAAGAAAAAGGAGUGUUGGGACUCUAUCAGGGGUUUAGGAUGCAUUUUAUUCGUGAUACGAUGGGGACGUCACUGUACUUCUUGGAAUACGACAGCUUCCGAUAUCUCAUGGGUCGAUCUAUCAGUGGCGAGCAAGGACCACCUCCAUCUUGGUUACCCGUCCCAACUGCCCUUAUUCCCUUUUUCUGCGGUUCUGUGGCAGGCGUCACGUCAUGGGCAAUCAUCUACCCCGUCGACGUCGUCAAGACCAAGAUCCAACAGCGCGCCCUCGCCAACCAACCCUAUCGCACAGUCUGGGUAACCUUCCAGCGCUUGAUCCGUGGACCAGACGCCGAACACCCACGACCAUUACUAGUCGGCAUAGGAAGGUUGUAUCGCGGACUGGGAAUAUCAGCAAUUAGGAGCUGUAUGACCCAUGGUGCGCUAUGGUUGAUUUUCGAUUGGGUGGCGCAAUGGAUCGAUCAGCGGACGGCCGGGAUGCCUGGGGCCGGUCGUGGACCGGUGCUGUAGGAGUGUUGGGGAAGGGAGAGCGUAAAGAUUGAAAGUAGGUGCUGAAGCGGGCACGAA